GAUGUUUUGUGGAAGAGAAGAGAUUGUGAACCUCAUCUGUUGGCACCAAGGGAUGGAAUUAGGUUCAAGAAAAGGAAGUUGCUCUGAAGAAAAAUUAAAGUUUGACUCUUCGUUGACAAUUCAAUGACGCUUCAAGUGUUUCUGGCAGCUCUUAUCAGCGGGAUCCGCAUUAAUGGUGAAAUGGCAUCGUGGCGCUUCCCGGAGUUCAGGGUUGUUUUGAAAGUUCAUCUAGAGCGCAUUGUGGGUGGGGAAGUUGUGUUUGCUGAGUAGAUUGUGACACCGCUGGCUUGGGGCACUCGAGCGUCCACUCGCCGAGCCCCGCCCUCACCCAGCACCCACCCCGCUCCUGGCGCCUUCCCGGCCUGGUCCUGCCCUGUGCUGAGUCUGCGCAGUCGGUGCCAUCGUCUACGCCCCUGGGAGCGUUGUGGCGGCUGUUUCCUGCGGCGUUCCUCCUCCUGGUCCACCAUGUGGAGCCGACGGCAGGGCCGCCUUAGGCCCACGGUCUGCGGGGUGGAGGAGCUACGGCGCCGCCGGCGGGAGCAGGAGGCAGCACUGCGGAAGGCGCGGAGGGAGCAGCAGCUGGUCAGCAAGAGGCUGCUGAGAGAAGACGUCCCAGAGGAAGCUGGAGAGGGAUGUGUGGCUGCGAUCCUCGGGGAAGCCGAGGUGAGAGGGCAAGGCAAGGUGCAGCAGUUCCUGCGGCAAGCCCAGCGGGGUACAGAAGAAAAGGAGAGAGAGGGGGCUCUGGUUAGCCUUCGUCGAGGCUUGCAGCACCCUGAAACGCAGCAAACCUUCAUCCAGCUGGAGGGCAGCAUGCGGACCCUGGUCGGGCUCCUGACCAGCAACCAGGCUCUGCUGCAGCUUGAGGCGGCUCGGUGCCUGCAUGAGCUUUCUCACUCUGAGCACUCCACCAUUGCUGAGGCCUGCCUGCCAGCUACUUCCUACCUCCUCACCUACCUCUCCGGUCACAGCCCAGACUUCAUAGAGCUGUGUCUGUAUACACUGGGUAACCUGAUCGUGGAGAGUGAGGCUGUGAGAAGGCAGCUCCUGCCACAGGGCAUUGUUCCAGCCUUGGCUGCCUGCAUCCAGUCCCCCCAUGUGGCUGUGCUGGAAGCUCUCGGAUAUGCCUUGUCCCAGCUUCUACAGGCUAAGGAAGCUCCAGAGAAGAUCAUUCCCCCUGCUUCUGCCAGCAGCUCCAUCUUGGCCUCCACUCUCCCUCAGCACAUGCUACAAAUGUUGCAACCUGGCCCAAAGCUGAACCCUGGGGUCGCUGUGGAGUUUGCCUGGUGCCUUCAUUACAUCAUCUGCAGCCAGGUCAGCAAUCCUCUGCUCAUUGGCCAUGGGGCUCUGUCUACUCUGGGGUUGCUGCUGUUGGACUUGGCUGGGGCUGUCCAGAGAACUGAGGAUGCAGGCCUGGAGCUGCUGGCAUGCCCCGUGCUUCGAUGUCUAAGCAACCUGCUAACUGAGGCAGCAGUGGAGACUGUGGGAGGGCAAAUGCAGCUCAGAGAUGAGCGUGUUGUGGCAGCCUUAUUUAUCCUGCUGCAGUUCUUUUUCCAGAAACAGCCCAGUCUACUCCCCGAGGGCCUCUGGCUCCUCAACAACCUCACUGCAAACAGUCCUAGUUUCUGUACCUCCUUGCUCUCCCUGGAUCUGAUUGAGCCCCUCUUGCAGCUGUUGCCAGUAUCUAAUGUGGUGAGCGUAAUGGUGCUCACAGUUUUGUGCAAUGUUGCAGAGAAGGGUCCUGCUUACUGCCAGCGGCUGUGGCCAGGGUCCCUGCUUCCCGCCUUGCUGCACACACUAGCCUUUUCUGACACUGAAGUUGUAGGCCAGAGUUUGGAGCUGCUGCAUCUGCUGUUCCUGUAUCAGCCAGAGGCUGUUCAGGUCUUCCUGCAGCAGUCAGGGCUGCAGGCCCUGGAAAGGCAUCAGGAAGAGGCCCAGCUCCAGGAUCGUGUGUAUGCUCUCCAGCAGAUAGCUCUUCAAGGGUGAUCUCGUUUCUCAAUGUCACUCAUUCCCCCUCUCUUAACAUCAAGCUUCUUUGUCCAGUAGAGCCUUUGGAGACAGCAGAGCCUUUGGAGAUUUAGGACCAUAAUGAUGUCUCAUGUUCUCUGCUCCCAUACCUAAGCCAAGACCUUUGGGUCCCAGCUCCUCCUCUUUCACUCAGCACUAUCUAGGCAGGAGGACCAAAAGGGACUCAGUUUGGUCUACUUAUUCUGGGGCCCUAGAAUCCCUGCCCCCCAUCCUUCAUUUUUGCUUCAGCAGCUGGUAGCUUUUGAUGAGACGGAAUAAAGUUUUAUUUUUAUAUUAAGCUA